ACCCCCGGAAGCGUAGGACCACCAGGACCACCAGGUGGAGACGUUUUGGUAACGGUAGCAAAACCAGGACCAAAGGGAAAAACUGGUGACUGCGGUCAACCAGGUGAGCACGGCAGCGCAGGAGCACCAGGACCAGCUGGAGCACCAGGAGCAGCCGGAAGUCCCGGACCUAACGGACGAGAUUGCUCACCAGGAAUGGACGGCUCAGCUGGAAUGCCAGGUAUGGACGGAAAGCCAGGCCUGGAUUCACAAUACUGUCCUUGCCCACCUCGAGCACGCGUCUAA